CCGGCCCCUUCCCCUCCCUCUUGCCGGAGCCUCGCUUCUCCCGGGGGAGCAGCGCAGCCCCCCCGCCCCGCAGCCGAGCUCCGACGGCCGGGGCGGGCCGGGCGGCGAGAAGGGGCUGUCCCAGGGGCCGUGCCCGGUUGCACCGCACCUCCUCCUCCUCCUCCUCCUCCCGCCUCCCUCUCUCCGCGGCGGGGGGACAGUCGCCACCGGCAGCCGCGGCGCGGUGUGAUCCAUCCAUCCCAUCGCAUCCCGGUACGAUCCAUCCAUCGCAUCCCGCUGCGGGACAUCCAUCCAUCCAUCCAUCCCAUCGCAUCCGUCCCAUUCGCCCGGUGCGGUGCGGGGUUCAAUCCCAUCCCGGUGCGUGGGGACAUCCACCGCAGCCCGGCGCAGCUCGGGCCGUCCCGAGGCGGAGCGGGGCAUCCCUCGCAGCGCAUCCCGGAGCGGGGCAUCCCAUGGAAGCCGAGGGUUACCGCUGCCGCAGCAGCCGCCACAUCGAGAGCGGCCAGUCGGCCGUGCCCAGCUCGGUGCUGUUCGCCGCCGGCCUUUUGGGGAACGUCCUGGCGCUGCUGCUGCUGGGCCAGCACCGCUGGCGCUCCCGCUCGCCCGGGGGCCGCCCGCCGCGGGUCUCGGCCUUCUACGUGCUGGUCACGGCGCUGGCGGUCACCGACCUGCUGGGCAAGUGCCUGAUCAGCCCCAUGGUGCUGGCAGCCUACGCCUACAACCGCAGCCUCAGCGAGCUGGGGCCGGGCGGCCGCGGCGAGGAGCAGCCGGGGGUGCUCUGCCAGCUCUUCGCCUUCCUCAUGGCUUUCUUCGGGCUGGCCCCCACGCUGCUGCUGCUGGCCAUGGCUCUGGAGUGCUGGCUUUCCCUGGGCCACCCCUAUUUCUACCGGCGGCACCUGACCCGCCGCCUGGGCGCCGCGCUGGGGCCGGCGGCCGCGGGGCUGUGCGCGCUGUUCUGCGCGCUGCCCCUGCUGGGUUUUGGGGAGCCCAUGCAGUACUGCCCGGGCACGUGGUGCUUCAUCCGGAUGGCCGGCGGUGGUCCGGGCCAGCUGGGCUUCCCCGUGCUCUACGCCAGCCUGAUGGGCUUGCUGGUGCUGGCCAUCGUGGCGUGCAACGUGAGCAGCAUGCGGCACCUGUACGGCAUGGCCCGCCGGCAGCCCCGCCGCGGGACCCCCCCCGCCGCCGCCCCGCGCAUGGAGGAGCUCGACCACCUCGUCCUGCUGGGGCUCAUGACCGUCCUCUUCACCGUCUGCUCCCUGCCGCUCAUCAUCCGAGCCUACAUGGGGGCUUUUGCUGCCGAUUUCAACGAGAACGCCGACCUGAGCGCCCUGCGCUUCCUCUCCGUCAACUCCAUCGUGGACCCCUGGGUCUUCAUCAUCUUCCGCACCUCCGUCUUCCGCUCCUUCGUGCGCCGCGUCUGCCGCCGGCUGGGCUCCCGCAGAGCCUCUCUGAAGGGCUCCAGCCCUGCUGGUGACAGCCAGUUCUGUCCCCCGGGCUGCCGCAGGACAGCUCCCCCGCCGCUCGGCAUCCCCUGAGCGCCGCGCUGCUGCAGAAGCCGGCGGCUGCUGGCGAGGAUGAGGAGCGAGCCUUCGGCCCCGCAGCCCUGCCCUGGAGCAUCCCGAGGCGCCACAGGGCGGUGGCAGGGCGGGGACAGCGUCCAGCUCGCUGCGAGGGACGCCGUGAAGGGUUUCUGUGCCCUCCCCUGGUUGUGUUUUGCCCCGGAGAGGAUCUGGGAUCUCCUGGGAUCCGGGAAUAUUCCGAGCAGCAGCGUUUUGUGGAGGCUUUGGGGAGAGCCCGGCUCCAGGAAGGCAGAGGGGCUUUGGAGUGUGGUUCAGGGCCGUGGGGACGCACAGGGAGGAGAAGUGUGGCUGUGUCCCCUUGGAAUAAAAGUGGUGCAGUGUUUCAUCGCCUUGGCCUGUGCGUGAUCCCAUUCCGUGCCAAGGAAUGGGUUUGGGCUGUCCCCAGACUGGGUGAGGGGCAGGAGGGACUCAGAAAUUCGAGCAGCAAUUCCUGGUGUGAGGAGGAGCUGGCUGCAGCUGGAAUCCCUCCCUGGCACACCCUCCACCCCUGCCCUGGGUCUUCCCUAUUCCCAAGGCAGGGCUGUGGUUUGUCCACCCUUAUCUCGCUCUUCUCUGGAAAACUCCGAGCACUGCUGUUGCAUUUGUCUCCUCAGCUGUACCUGUUCUGCUGUAAUUAUUUAAAUUCGGUAUUUACGACUGUCCUGAGCCUUAAUGAGAGCAGUAAUUGAGAGAACACAGAGCCCAGUGUGCAAGAGGGCAAUCCUUUUAAUGGAAGAUCCAUUUCCUCUCAACCACAGGUAUUAACUGGAUCUAAUUUUUGCCUUAAGUGAUCAUUUAGGCCAAAAAAAUUACGAUGACCAAUUGUUUAGUGCCCUUGGAGGAGACAGAGGGUAUUUCUCUCCUCUGUUUAGCUAAGCCUUGCAAGGUGUAGCCGUGUUCCUGCCUGCUCUCAUGUGAUGUUUACUCUUGGUGUCAAACAGAUUCUGCUUUGGAAGGAGCAAUAUCUUGGAGCUUUUUGGAGGUGACCUGAUGGGGUUGGCUCUGGCUGUUGCUCCCAACUUCAGGAAAGGGCAGAGCUGUAUUUGGGGAUGUUUUGGGGGCUCCUUUGAGCUGCCAGCUCGGUGCCUCUCCUCGGGGUUUUCCGAGGAGAAAGGAAAUGAGGGUUGGUUCGUGGAUUGGUUUCAUGUUACUGCCAUGGUAUUGACUUGGAGAUGGCUCACGUGGGGCUGCAGAGUCAACAGCUCCCAGCCUGCUCCGUGGCUUUCCUGGGAUCUGUUCCACUGCAGCCAGAUGAGAUAACAGCCCUGGAAAACUUUGUUGUUGUCCCCCUAAACUGGGAUCUCCCCCCCAAACUUCUGUGCUCCACUCGGGACAGACGGAGCAGGCACGGCCAGGCUGGGAGUGUUUGAUGUAGGAUCAUGGAAUGGUCACUGGGGUGGGAUAAGACUUCCAAGCUGAGGGCAUUCUGGGUGUGCAGGGCAUCAUCUGCCCCUGGUGCCUGUGAGGAUUCAUCCCUGGAGAGGCCUUGGCUCAGGAAAGGUCCCUGGCCCAGGAAAGGUCCCUGGCCCAUGACGUCAUCCAUGGAAAUCAGUAAUUAAACCAACACAAACCAAAUCAUUGUUCUUUAUUAAGGUGCAAAAAUAGACUCCCCCUGAGCCCUGAGACCAUGCAAACACCUCAUCACUGACCCAUCCAUGAUUUUAUCAUCUCAGGAAAUAAACCAUGGAGCCACGAGUGACCCUGCCAUCCCUGCAGCAUCCCUACAGCAUCCCUGCUCCCUGGCUGGGACUACACAUUUCCCAGUGACCUUGACGCGCUCCCCUGGCUGGAGCAGCACUUUUAAUCGGGAUCCUGCCCUUCCUGGUGUCCUGCCUGCUCUGGGAACAGACUUGGAGUCUCCAGCCAGGCGCUGCUGCCUCCGGGCGAGCCAAGCGGCGGCUGCAGCCAGCGAGGUUUGGGCUCGGCGCUGCAGCCUCCAGGAGGAAAAAUCCUCUCUGCCGGCUGUUCCCGGGGCUGCCGUGUCCCCGUCCUCGCCAGAGAUGGCAGCACGUCCCCAGCCAGGAGAAGCCAGGAGCCCACGGGUGUCCUCCACCCCAGGCUGGUCCCUUGGGCACCCCAUUUUUCAGUGCCUCAACACAGAAUCACAGAAUCAAUCACAGAAUCACAGAAUCACAGAAUAAUGAAGCUGGAAGAGACCUCUAAGAUCAUCGAGUCCAACCUGUGCCCUCACACCUCAACCAGACUGUAGCACCCAGUGCCAUGGCCAGGUUUUUUUUAAACACAUCCAGAGAUGGUGAUUCCACCACCUCCCUGGGAAGGGCAUUCCAGUGCUUUAUUAUUCUUUCAGUGAAAUUUUUUUUCCUAAAACACGUACAGUUUGGGGCUUCAGGAGUUAUGUGGAACUUAGAUCCCCUCCUUAGUGAGUCUGGUAACGAUCAAAAUAAAAGGGAAAUAUAAAUUAAAUAAGAACUGAAAUGAAAAAUCCUGACAA